AGUUAUGCAUUAGUUAGUUAUGUAUUAGUUAUGUACCUAACUGUUAACUUCUUUGUGGGUUUUUCAGGAAAUUAGAUUAAUUCUUAACUACUCACUGAAACCGAACUAACAGAUAAAUGCAGCAUGUUUGGAGCCAGAAUGCAGUAAUACACUUAAUCUAUGUCUCAUGGUCUGAGUUGUCAAAUGACUGCAAGGUCACUUUCACCAUUGCUUAAGGUUAGACAUUAAAAAUGCCCUAAGGCUUGUGUGUACUUGUUUUGAAGUUUACUGGAUAAGAUAGGUCAAAGAGAAGGGUUUGAAGGUUGUUAAUUUGCAAAACACAUACUUUCUCUCUCUCACUUCGUCCUGUAGCUCUCACUGAUGAGUACAUGAGUAACAAAUUUACCAUCCAGAAGGUCUAAAGAGCUCAAGUCCUCUCUCACUAACACUCUUACACACGCACAGUUGUGAAAAUACCAGCUCUAAGAACUUGAAGAACCUGGAAGAUUGCUAACCAUGGGAGUGGAAAACGCUGAGUAUUCUGAUGCUGAUUUCACUUAUGAUUAUGAGUUCAUAAGAAGAGGUGGGCUGAUCUUUGCAGCGGUUGUAUUCUGUUUGGGCAUUGCUAUAAUUUUUGGCAAAAAACUCAACUGUGGAAACAAAGCACCAACUAAGCUUCAGGACAAUGGCGAUCUAUGACAUCUUCAUUAACCUACACUAUGUCAUUCCAACACAACACUACCUGUUAAAUAUUUUGCCUGUGACAGUAUGUCUUUGAAGAUCAUUAUGUAAAUGUUUAAAGCUAAUUUAUAACUGGACUUAUUAUUAUCUGAAUACAUGUACACUUAUUUCUUAAAAUCAUAUACUUCUUUUAAAACUGAAUAAUCAGCUAUUUAUCAGACAACUAUAUCUAAUGUAUUCUUACACAAGUCAUGGCUUUCUGUACAAAAACUGAAAUUAUUUGUAUAAGUCUUUGUUUUUGUCACUUGCUUACAGUUUUUGCUAACACCUCAAUAAAUUAUAGCAGAUAUGACCAAAUACUUUAAAAUGCCUGUGUAUAGAGAGUACAAAGAAUACAAAGUACAAAGAAUGAUUAAUGCAAACCCAGUGAAUGGAAGAAGGGUGUGCUGAUUGUCAGAAUUCCUGUUUAUUUAAUUACUAAAUUUGUAGUUUUUUGCUCUG